CUAAGCACUACAUAACAGUAGUCGUAUAGAGCUCCGAGCGUGGCGCGGUCGCAUCACCACGUAAUCCCCCAACAACACGACGACUUGUCAUCGGUGUCAGACCAUAUAUUAUUUAAAGUUAAAUGCUUAUGUCAUAGGCAACUUUCGUUCCUAUACCAGAAUUUCUGCAUGGGUAUGUAACUAUAAGUGAUUCGCGGGUGAAAAAAACGUGUGUCGCGAUGCGUGCGUUAACAAGCUUCGUAAUUCAGUCGGGAGUUCGCGCGAGUCCAUGAGAGGUGUUACCUCCUGCACCAUCACCACAGCUCCCUAUACACAUCUUUGUUUUUUGUUUACACGUCGUAUAGGAAUUCGGAUUUCGGCAGCGCUGUCAUCAUCAAAAAAUCAGAGCACCAACACAUCAGGCGCCGCUAACCUAUUUCAGAACUCCGAAAGUCAAGAGAAAAUUCACCGUGUCGUUAGUAAUGCUGCACCGACUGCUGUAAUAUGUGCUGUGUUGCUGUACCCCCCAGUAGAUGUGUACCAGUGUGUUGUGUGUGUGUGUGUGUGUGUAAUAGUAGUGUAGUAAUACGCGAAUGAUCUCCUGCCUGCAACACGCGCGACACUCGCUGUGUUUACGUUACAACAGCAGCGAAUCUUACAAACGUGCAGUUCGAUGCAGCAACAGCAGCAGCAGCAGCAGCUCAUACUCAUUGCCAAGAAUUUUUCCUGCGUGAUGAUCAGCUGACCUUCCAGAGCUAGUUUGUCACAAAUUUCUACUAUAUGUGUGCUUUCUUCAACCGAUUGAAUAAACAUACAUUUUCAUUAUAAUGGAAAAUCAAAGUCGUCAUCAAGUGCACCAAGGCUAUCAGUCUUUUUGGAAAAAGAAUUCUAGAGCUAUACCUGGCAGACCAAGUUUAAAACAAGAUGCACGAAGUGAAAAGGGAAGCGCAAACUCAAAUUCAGUUGGAGCUCCAGGCACAGGAGGUCCAACAUCGUUUCAAGAUUUUGCAGAAAGUGUAGACGAUGCAUGGGAUACAGGAGAUGAUGAAUUUUGUUUGGUUUCUGAUGUAAGGAUUUCAAAAAAAGUAAGCGAAUCAGCUGCUUUAAGUGUCAUCAAUCAUCAUCGAUCUGGUACAACAAGUACGUUGCCACAAUCUAAUAAUAAAGAAAGUGACAGCAAGUGCACCAUAUCAGAAAAAAAGAAAACAGAAGCCUUACAAAGAUUAGCAGUACAGCCUCUUCAUCUCAGAAAUGCUGAAGUGAAUGCUAGUAGUUCUAAAAUAAGUGUGCAUAAUACUAAUAAUGCAACACCAAAAGCAAGUAGUUGCAAUCAGCGUCAAACACAUUUUCCUGGGAGACCUCAACCCUUGAGACAGUCUAAUUCUGGCUCUAAGUUUUUUGUACCUUCCAAAGAACAAGAUGGAGAGAGUAAAAUUGAUAAAUUUAAAGUACUAUUGGAAAGCUCUCUUCUUAACUUGGAUGAACUUAGGCAAUUAUCAUGGUCCGGUGUUCCUGCAAAAUUACGUUCAGUUACUUGGAGAUUAUUAUCAGAGUAUCUUCCAGCAAAUUUAGAACGUAGAGAACAUGUUUUGGAAAGAAAACGCUUAGAUUAUUGGAAUUUAGUAAGACAGUAUUAUGAUACUGAAAGAGAUGAAGGUUUCCAAGACACAUAUCGGCAGAUACACAUUGACAUUCCAAGAAUGUCACCUCUCAUAUCACUUUUUCAACAAACAACAGUACAAAUGAUCUUCGAGAGAAUACUGUAUAUUUGGGCUAUACGUCAUCCAGCUUCAGGAUAUGUUCAGGGUAUGAAUGAUUUGGUUACACCAUUUUUUCUUGUGUUUUUGCAAGAAGCCAUUCCAGCAUCAGCCUGGCAGACCAUAGAAAAUUAUGAUGUUGCAUCUUUACCGCAAGUUCAACGUGAUAUCAUUGAAGCUGACAGUUUUUGGUGCUUAUCUAAAUUUCUUGAUGGAAUUCAAGAUAACUAUAUUUUUGCCCAGUUAGGAAUUCAACAAAAAGUUAAUCAAUUAAAAGAAUUAAUACAGCGAAUUGAUGCUCCCCUCCAUCAACAUUUAGCUCAGCAUGGUAUUGAUUAUCUUCAAUUUUCUUUUCGUUGGAUGAAUAAUCUACUAACUAGAGAACUGCCUCUACACUGCACUAUAAGGUUGUGGGAUACAUAUUUAGCUGAAUCAGAUCAAUUUGCAUCGUUUCAAUUAUAUGUGUGUGCAGCCUUUCUUUUACGCUGGAGAAAACAUUUACUUCUUCAACCAGAUUUUCAAGGACUGAUGUUAAUGCUACAAAAUCUACCUACACAGAACUGGUCUGACUCAGAAAUCAAUGUUCUAGUAGCUGAAGCCUACAAAUUAAAGUUUACUUUUGCAGAUGCGCCAAAUCAUUUACAAGCCCAUGACUCUAGGUGACCAGAUAUGAAGAACAGUUAACCUUUUUUUAUGGUUAACAAUUGUUAUGACCGUUGCCAAAUGGACAAUACUAUGUCUAGUUAUUAUGUACUACUUUUUACAAAGUCAGUAAAAGCAUGAUAACUUGUCAUUACUAUAAUUGUCAUAAAUUCUACAGAUGUUAUCGUUGAAUUUUACUUAAAGAUACUUUUUCUGAUUAUAUUAUGCUAGAUUUAUAUUUUUCCUGUUGCUAAUACAAAUUUUAUUCUGGUAUAAUUUGAUAAUCACAAAAAAAUAUUUACGGAAUCUAUCGAAACGCUUUAAUAGACAUAAAACAGUCUACGAUUUUUUCGUAAUAAGUUCACUACACGUUAUUGUCCAAGAUUUUUACAAUAGUUUUUCAUUUUUGAGAAAAUACCAUAUUGGUAGGUCUUCUGUAAUCUCAUAGGGAAGCUAAUGUUUGGUAAAUUUGUAACAAUAUAGAUGAUAUAUUAUUUUUGUACUAUAUUAUUAUAUUUAGGUCCAUUAUCUGUAUGGUCGAUUUCGCAAGGAAUCGGCACUAUACAUAGUGACGAUUAUUUGUGCUCAGCAAUUUACUACUACUAAACUAAAAAAAACUGCCGCUGACAAAACGGCUGUAAAUAAUGAAAACAGCGAGAAGUGUGAUAAUAUAUUUUGUUUUUUCAUCAAAAACUAAGAUUUAAAAUUAUAUAAGUAUGGAUCCAUGUAAAACAUUCAGUCCAUAUUUUUAUUAAGAUCAUAAAUAGUAAAUAAAUAAUGAAUUAAUAAGUAAAUAUCUUAAGUCAAGUUUAUAUACACAGUAUAAAGUUAAUCAUUGUCCUCCAAGAGUGUAUCAACUAUGAAAGUUCUGUAUUGAAAAAAUUCGUUUCGUGCAGGGUAAAAAACGAUAUAACAAGUGUCUUGUAAGCACAAAAGUAAAAAAAAAACGAAGUAUGGUCUUUUUCGAGACAAAUAUUUGUACAUAUACUUGCCUGUUGCUGAAUUCAAAAAUUUGAAUUUGUAUCGAAUGAGAAUGAAAAGAAAAAUUGUAAAUAUAAAACUAAGCUCUGUGAACUAAUGAAAUUUGAUAUCUGCGAAUCAUCGAACGACUAAUUAAAGUAAUUUUGUUUGAAUUUUUAAUCAGUCUAUAAAACAGUGGAAGCACACACAGGAGAAAAAUUUCUAAGAACAAAUAUUGUUAUAAAUAUUUAUAAAAUUUAUGAUAAAAAAAA